GGAAAAUAAUUCUCCGGUAAGGGGUAACCGUCCGUGAAAUAAAUGGCAUCCGAUAAAACUUUUCUUCGCGAGAGGUUGAAAAAACAACAAGAACACAGUGCCUCGUUUUUCGUCCGUAGAUUUCAGUUGAAUGUUUACAUAAAUGGGAUAUUGCGCGAAACACGAGUGUGAAAAAAAAUAGAUAAGAUCUUAUAUUGGUCAGGCCCAGGGAGUUACGCGACGCAUGCGCCGUGAAGUUAGUCGAUAGGCAUACAACUAGCGGCACAGUUCUCGGAGUCGACGUCGUUACACGUCUUAACCUCAAAAUAAAUAUUCGCUCUCCUUUUAUCACUUCGACACGUAAAUCUCGACGUAAAUCUCUCCUAAAAGGUAUAAGCGAAUUAUAAAUCGAAAAUAUGACAGGAUUGGAUUUUAAUCGAAUAACUGAAAGCUUGAAUCGUUAAUUUCGAAGCUUUUUAAAUAUUUUCUUGUUCUUUAUUUCUUUUGUUUCUCCUUUAUAUUUCUGACUCGCGUUGGCUGGAAAAGUGCAGAGGAAAGAUUUUAUGGCUCGUCGUAUAGAAGAUUACGUACGUUUAGAAGAUGGGUCAUGGAUCAAGCCGUUCUGCUUCUUCUGCAAAUAUUCUAUCUGCAGAAGAAUUAACGUUAGUGGACAAUAUUUUUAAAUCAAUGUCCAGAAGUUCGGGUUCUAUAAAACGUGAAGAUAUUUUUAAACACUGGUCGAUGCACUUGGAUGACGUGCUUUUGCAAUUUGUUGUAAGAUUUCUUUGCCAUGAACCUGGCAAAAAAGUCUCAGCCAUAAAUGGAGAAAAUUUUGGUCGCUUAUAUGUUUUUGCAGUACGUGGAAGCGCGGAAGAACGUACUGAUCUGAUAUUUGAAGGAUUUUCAGAAGAAGAGCAGAAGUUUGAAAUACCUACUGCCACUUUUCUGCAAUAUAUUCAAGCUACUAUUAAUUCUUAUUUAAGGCUGCAAAAAAAUGCUGCUAAUUCGCAUUAUCUUUCAUGGAGUAGUAUUGGUUGUACUGUGAAUAAUAGACGUAUAAAUAUGCGUUCGCGAAGUCUGUGCGAAGAUAUUAUCAAAUAUGGUGAUGUGUUAACGGUUGAUCAAGUAGUUAAUUGGUUUGCGGCAGCUGCUACAUUUAAAACUAUUCAAUCACACGUUUUUCAGUGCCUUUUUCUAGUUUCUCAGAAAAAAGGAGAUAAAAAUACAAGUGCACGGAUUAAUGAUUUAAAUCUGUUACCUAUUUGUAAAGGUUUGGAAAAUAUUCCUCACUUUCCAAGUAUUCUGGGGCUUGGUGACGUUUUGUUCCUAAAUCUAAGUUUACCUCACGAACUCCGCAAAGAAUGGAGAUUCUUAUUUUCGAGUCAAGUGCAUGGAGAAUCAUUUUCCACCAUGCUAGGAAGAAUAACUAUGCAAGGUGCAACAAUUAUUAUAUUACAAGAUACCGAUGAUCAUGUGUUUGGUGGUUUUGCUCCAGAUAGUUGGAGAUUGGGACCAAGUUUUAUAGGAAAUCAAGGGUGCUUCCUAUUCAAACUAGAGCCAGAUAUUUUAACAUUUUCUUCUACAACUUACAAUAAUCAUUAUCAAUACUUGAAUCUUUACCAACAAACUAUGCCUAAUGGUUUGCUUAUGGGAGGACAAUUAAAUUAUCCAGGCUUAUGGUUAGAUUCUGAGUAUGGAACUGGUAAAUCGAGUAAAUCUUGCACAACGUUUCAAAAUUAUGUGCAAUUAAGUGGCAAAGAGAAUUUUAAAAUAAAGCAUUGCGAAGUAUGGGGUGUUGGUCCAAUACCAGCUGUAGAAGAAAAUGUACGAGAAAACAAAUCUGUUUUAGAUCAAGAUCCUACAGCUAAAGUAAUGAUGGAACUUCAUGGACGUAAAAUGCACAGCGAAGGUAUCAGAGACAAAAAAGACUAAUCACGCUUAAAUAUUUAAAGAUUACUCUAAGACUCAUAUUACUAUUAAUUAUAUUGUAUGGUCGUCAUUGAAAUUUUCAAUUCUAAUAGAAAUUAUUGAAAAUUAAGUUACUGAGAUUAUAUAUACAUACAUA